CAUUUGAGAUACCUGUAUACAACUACAUCUAUCCUUUGACCUCGCAUCUGAUAUCUGAGACGCAACAUGGAUUUAUGCGCAAUCGCUCUACUAUUUCUAACAUAGCUGAAAUCAUACAGGAAAUUGCAGAGGUCUUAGAUAAGAGGGGUCAGAUGGAUGUGGUCUUCGAUAAGAUUAGUCUCCAAAGAAUCAUAGGUAAACUUCAGCAUUUUACUUUUAGCAAUCAUUUAUUAGACUUAAUUUCUUCUUACUUGCAUGAUAGAAAUCAGUACGUUUCUUACAAUGGUUUCAAAUCUUCACCUUAG